UCACUUUUCUCCAUAUACGUUAAGAGCUCCAUUCGCCCGCCACUAUUUCUAACUAGCCAGAAAUUACUUAUAUGCUUAAAGCUUUAUUUUAUCACGUUUUCUGACCGUGCUCUGACCGUGUUUAUAAACUUGGUAGGCGUUU